GAUUGCAUUGUAGUUAUGAGUGCUGAUGAAAAUCAAACUUCAAAGUCAAAAGCACUAAGCAAAGGAGCUAAACUCUAUUUCAUAAAGCCACUUCUACUUUCUGAUUUAAAGGGCCUCUGGAAAUUUGCAUCAUGCAACACAAAAGUUUCAACAGUAACCACUGAUCAAAAUGGAUCAAAGAGUAUCAUAGUGAACAAGGAUCAAGAAUGCAAACCACUGAAUAAUAAUAACAAUAAUAAUAACAAAGAGAAAAAACAAGAACUUGUUGAAUCAUCAGUGGUCCAGAGAAGGAAAAGGAUUAGGUGGACUGAUCAUUUGCAUAUGAAGUUCAUGGAAGCUGUUAUAUUAGCAGGAUCUGGUGCUGGUCCUAAGAAAAUACAUGAGUAUAUGAAUGUGCCAGGAGUCACAAAAGAGCAUGUUUCAAGCUAUUUACAGAAAUAUCGCCAAUCUUUGAAAGCGCAAGAUAGUGAAAUUCAAUAUCAAAGGAAAAUUCUAUCAUCCGAGUCAAAUUUAGGAUCAUACCAAUCGAAGGAUCUCUUCCAUUGCAAGUCAGAGCAAUUUCUUGAUGCUCCUGCACAUCUUCCUUCCACAGAAAUUCCAACUGUUCAUGAACCAGCUUUGAGCCAAAACCAAUUACUCCCAGGGACACUGGUGCAAGGUGAGAUGAAUGGCAAUGGUGUGGAAUCUGUGAUUAGCCAAGAAGAAAGUUAUACUGAUGGAAGAGUUUCUGAAGAAGAUCAAUUAGACCCAACUGAAGAUUUUGAAACAAUGAUGACAAAUACUGGGUCUUGUUUCACUAGCUGGAGUCGGCUACUUGAUCCUGAAGAAACCUCUUACGAGGUUUCCUCUAAGGAUUAUACUGCUGAAAACAGUGAUUUGAAUCGUUCGAUGUCGAUGGAGAAUGACAUGUGUCAACAGUUUCCUGCAUUUCCUUCAGUACCAUCAGGAAAUGUUGAUGAGAUCUUCAAUAUUUCAAAGGAAACUGAGAAUGCCUGUGAUGAGGAUUUAGAUAGUUGGCUAAAAAGCUUAUAGUCCAGCUAACAAGGAUUCUGAAGAGGCUACUCUGACAGUGGAAGGAAUCACUCUGAAUGAUGCAGUUACUUGAAAAUGUGGAAAGGGUUGGAAGAGUAUAAAAAGUUAAUCAGUAGCUUAUGAUUUUUCAAUGUUCAUUUGUUAUUAUUUUCAUUAAUUUUGUACUUUGGAGUCGACAAAAUUGUCAUAAAGACUCAAUGCUGGUUUUUACUUAAUUUUGAUCUUUAAAUAUAACUUUCCUAUUAUUAUCAA